GUGCUGUACAAGUCAGUGAAGGACAGAAAGCGGCACGCGCACACACGGGCGAGCUGGAUUAGACUCGAGCUGGAUCUGGCAGGAUGACAUGCUCAGAUAAGAAGACUACACAUGACGAGUCACUGAUUAAAACAAACUGUCGCCGCAUGCGUAUGUUACAGCUGUCGACGCCGCUUUGUGUAAAGACAUUCAGCCAGUGUCACGGUCGCAUCUAGUGCACGCGCAGAGAUGGACGCGCAUCUGUGGGAUCAGCUCCAGGCUGGCAGCUCGGAGGUGGAUUGGUGUGAAGGGAAUUAUCUAAUUUAUCCUGGAAUAGCGGAAUUUUAUAACACGAUAAGCAACGUGCUGUUUUUCGUCUUGCCUCCAAUCCUCAUGUGUCUGUUUCGUCAGUACGCCACACAUUUCAACAGUGGCAUCUAUCUCAUAUGGACUCUACUGGUGGUUGUUGGUAUUGGCUCCACUUAUUUCCAUGCUACGCUGAGCUUCCUGGGACAGAUGCUGGAUGAACUGGCCAUACUUUGGGUGCUCAUGUGUGCCAUCGGCAUGUGGUUUCCCAAGAGAUAUCUUCCCAGGAUAUUCCGUAAAGACAGAUCGAGGUUUAAGAUGGUCAUCGGCAUUCUCUCAGGGAUCACCACCUGUCUGGCCUUCAUCAAGCCAGCGAUAAACUCCAUCUCUCUCAUGACGCUGGGAAUCCCGUGCACUGCUCUUCUCAUCACUGAGCUAAAGAGGUGCGACAACCCGCGUGUGUUCAAGCUGGGUCUGCUCUCGGGUCUGUGGUGGACUCUUGCACUCGUGUGCUGGAUUAGUGAUCGCAUUUUCUGUGAGAUGUGGUCAUCUGUCAACUUCCCGUAUCUACACUGUGCCUGGCAUAUCCUGAUCUGCUUGGCGUCCUACCUGGGAUGUGUUUGUUUUGCGUAUUUUGACGCGGCGUCUGAGGCUCCAGAGCAGGGGCCGGUUGUCAAAUUCUGGCCCAGUGAGAAAUGGGCUUUUAUUGGGGUGCCAUACGUCACUCUUCUCUGUGUGCACAGGAAGCCCUCUAUUAAGUUGACUUAACCUGUGCUUCCUAAGGUGUCUGACUAUACUUCAAUGCACUUUGUUAUAGACAUUCACACAAAGGAGAAUCUUGUUUUUGCAUGUGGAUUUGUAAGGUUUUGUUUUUGGGGGGAAGAUUCAGAGUAUUUAGUGUCUUAACAGCACAAAUAGAGCUUUAAGUUUACUUUGGGAUAAAUUC